AGAAUGACUACUUGCUAACUACUCUCUAUUGCACGCUAAAUGCCAACAAUCAAGCUCUGAAUAACUGAGAAGUUUCUGCUGGCUAUUUUAUUAGAAGAGACACAAUUUUCUUAUGCUGGCAUCAGUUUCAAACCUAUCAUACAAAUGCAAGCUCUAAAGAGAAUCGCGAGGACUCUCGGGUCCAGACCCUCGAUGGGGGGACUGGCGAUGAGUAGAAUGACAGAGGAGGAACUGACGUCCCACCUGGCUCAGUGUCACUUCAACAUAGUGUUGCCAGGACGCGUGAGGAAGCUGUACGAUGUGCCUUCUACCGUCCCCAAACCUUAUUACGUGGCCGGACGUCUAGAUCACCGGAGGGGUGUGAACAGGGAGGUGCAUUUGAGUGAGGCUGGUCUGGAUGGGAUGAGGGAAGCUGGAGGAGUGGCCAGACAUGUGCUGCAGUUAGUGGCCAACAGUAUCUGUGAGGGAUUAUCAUGUGAGGAGAUAGAUCUGCUAGUGUACAAUGAGGCCAUCAAGUGUGGCGCAUAUCCGUCCCCCCUAGCAUACAAGGGUUUCCCUAAAUCUUGCUGCACGUCAAUUAACAACAUAGUCUGCCAUGGAAUUCCAGACGAUACUCGAUUACGUAACUCUGACAUAAUCAACGUUGAUGUCACUCUUUUUGUGGACGGAUACCAUGGCGAUACUUCACGAACAUUUGUGGUUGGCGAAGUUUUGGACCAAUCAGGGCGCGACUUGGUGUCCGUGUGUGAACAAAUCAUGCUGAAGGGAAUUGAAUCGUGCACACCAGGAAACACAGUAUUUGAUGUUCAAAAAUCCUUUCAAAGCGAGCUGGAUGUGUUUUUGGCUAAGAAUCCGGAUUGUAAAUUUGUUUUUGACUCUAACUUUUGUUCGCAUGGAAUCGGGUCUGAAUUUCAUGCCGCUCCUAAUUUGCACACGAAGUUGGGCUCGGGGGAUACUGGACACACUUUCGUGGAAGGACAGACUUUGACGAUUGAGCCGAUUUUGAUGGAAUGUGAUUCGCCAGUGACUAUUCUGGAGGAUGGCUGGACGUGCACUUCUACUGUUCCCCUGGCCAGAAGUGCCCAGUUCGAACAUACAGUUUUGAUCACUAAGAACGGACCAGAAAUACUCACUUAGUUUUGACUGUCUCGAUUUGAUUCGAA